AGUAAAAACAGAAACCGGCAUGAAAUGCCACACCCAUGCCCGCCUUCUUGUAAUUUCAAAUUUUCCGGCACACGCCGCUGCUCGCAUGAUUUCGACUUUUCCGUUAUCACACGGUAUCAAAUCUCCAGCUGCACCGCAGGCAGCAGACGACGGGCUGCGCGCGUCGGUGUGCGAGAGAGAGAGACGUCCUGCCGGCCGGUCAGCUGGCCAGUUGACCCGGCACGAGCGGUGCGUGAGGUUUGUCACCGUCGCGUUCAGUGUCGUCCGAUACGUCCGCUACGUUUGCGUGUUCCGAGCAAAAUAUUUAUUAUUAUUACUUUCUGUUAGUUGUAUUUUCUUCGCUGUCUUCGUGUCUUCUCUGCAGUGUCUUCUUGUCCAGUAAGCUCUCGGCUCCACGGCUCUGCGGGCGGCGUGGCGGCUGGCGGCGCGGCUCCCGUUUCGCCACACCCAGCAACAGCACGCCAGGCGCAGGGAAAAAUUCAGCCGGAAACGUGAAACAAGCUGAGAAGCAAACUAAACAGCCCAUCUAAUCGCGGGUCAAUACUACAGCUUCCCUUCCACUACAAGAUGAACAAAAUGAAGUCUCCACAGCAGUUCUCCAUAUGCAACAAAACGUUUUCCGGCGCAGAUGACCAUGAGUAUCAUCUUCAGUCCCAUACAAAAGAAGAGCCAUUCGAGUGCACCGUGUGUCACAAAACUUUUUCUCAGGGUAGCAAUCUAAGGAGACAUCUGCGUACCCACACUGGAGAGAAGCCAUUCGAGUGCACCGUGUGCCACAAAACUUUUUCUCGGGGUAGCAAUCUAAGGCAACAUCUUCGUACCCACACUGGCGAGAAGCCAUUUGAGUGCACCGUGUGCCAAAAAAUUUUUACAACAAGUUUCGAACUCCGGCAACAUCUUCGUACCCACACUGGAGAGAAGCCAUUUAAGUGCACCGUCUGCCAGAAAAGGUUUUCACAGUCUUCCGGUCUAAGCUCACAUCUGCGUACCCACACAGGGGAGAAGCCAUUUACGUGCACCGUGUGCCACAAAACGUUUUCUAGGGAUAGCCAUCGAAUUAGACAUAUGCUUACCCACACUGGAGAGAAGCCAUUUGAAUGCACCGUGUGCCACAAAACGUUUACUCAGGAUACCAAUCUAAGGCAACAUCUUCGUACCCACACUGGAGAGAAGCCAUUUGAGUGCACCGUGUGCCACAAAAAGUUUGGAAGAAGCUCCGAACUCCGUGUUCAUCUGCGUACCCACACUGGGGAGAAGCCAUUCGAGUGCACUGUGUGUCGCAAAACUUUUUCUGGGGCUGGCAAACUAAGGAUACAUCUGCGUACCCACACUGGAGAAAAGCCGUUUGAGUGCCCCGUGUGUCACAAAAAGUUUGCAAGAAGUUCCGAUCUGAAUAGACAUCUGCGUACCCACUUAUCCAAGAAAGUGAUGUAGCGAUCCACGCGCCGAACCCAACAUUAGUUAGCAAUCUGCGGCGGUUUAUGCGCACCUUGCACAGAGAAGGAAAUUGCACACUCCAUGUUAGAGUAAAUGUGAUGCACAUGGUACUCGCCAACUUAACGCGUGUGUGUGAUUCAUUGUACUGAUCUCUUUUAAGUCAGAGUUUAAUAAAAUAAUUUUUUAGAAUCAAUGUAUAA